AUGUCGACCGUGUCUCAACCACUAAAACGCGCCCAACUCGGUCUAUUCCAGAACAAAAUCAAGCAGUACGGAAACAAUGUCCCCUUCUCCCUCCACAAGACCCGGCGCACCUGGCUUCCCAACGUCCAGCGGAAGCGCUUCUUCUCCGAGACGCUGCAGGACUACGUGCAGGUCAAAGUCACGACGGCGGCACUGAAAACGAUAAAAAAGGUCGCUUCCUUGCGUGGUACUGUCGCGCCCCCUGCUGACAUGUCCCUCCAGAAAGGCGGCAUUGACAACUACGUUACGCAAACGAACGCAGAAACACUUGGCUGGAGAGGGAUGCAGAUAAGAACGAUGGUUCGCGACGCCCAAGAGAAAUCCACGCAAAGCGAAUCUUCUCCCUCCACCACAACGAGCAAAAAGACACCCUCUUCGUCCAGAAUUGUGCGGUAUGCUCGGCGAAUGGCAGCGCGGACACUAGGUUUUCGUGGACUUGCUUCUGCUGAAGAAACCCUUCGCUUCAUGAAAGAUCGCAAGUUCGAGCAAGAUCGACGACUUCCUCAGAUUAUAUCUACAUCGACAGGGUAA